UCUUCAACUCCUUCCAUUCAUCCAAUUCCCAGCCUGUGGUGAUUUGGAAGUCAGUACGAUAGUGAUGCCAUUGAAUCUGUCGUUUUCCUUCAUAGGUGGGCGUGCACACACCAACCACCUACCAUCUCCGCCAGAUCUUGAGGCUAUUUCGUCCUGAAAAUUCACGCAUAUUGUGAUUUAUUCACUCAUCAUUCAUUAUUCAACACUUAAAGCAUCUAUAUAUCUUAUUUAUACAGAAAGGCCAAGCGACUAUAUUAUAGUCACCUACCCCAAUCCACACUCUCCACUUACACAGUUGAAAUGGAAUCAUAGAACAACUCCCAAUAAAACAGAUUCCAUUUCGUCAGUUCUUCAUUUCAUAUUCACCCCCUCCCUUUUUUAGAUCUCUCUGUAAACCGCUCUCAUGGAACGGGCACGGCGGAUCGCGAACAGGGCGAUUCUGAGACGCCUCGUUUCACAGGCGAAGCAGCAUCGCCAGAAUGAAUCGUCGCUGAACUCUUCCACACCUGUAUUGUACACACCUUCUAGGUAUGUAUCAUCUCUUUCUCCCUCUGCUUUUAGGGGCAGAGGAUCCAAAUCUGAGAACCUGCAGGGCGGGAAUGCUCUGUCACGUAAUGUUGCGUUUUGGGGUGUUGCCUCCCAAGCUCGAUCGAUUUCGGUUGAGGCACUCAAACCCAGCGACACUUUUCCUCGGCGCCAUAACUCUGCAACCCCUGAGGAACAGAGCAAAAUGGCUCAGUCAUGCGGAUUCGACCAUCUUGACUCGCUUAUCGAUGCCACGGUUCCUAAAUCGAUCCGGUUGAAUGAAAUGAAGUUUAACAAGUUUGAUGAGGGGCUGACGGAGAGCCAAAUGAUUGAGCACAUGCAGUAUCUGGCGGCUAAGAACAAACUUUUCAAGUCAUACAUUGGGAUGGGGUACUAUAACACCUAUGUUCCACCUGUGAUUUUGAGGAAUAUAAUGGAAAAUCCAGCUUGGUAUACCCAAUAUACUCCUUACCAGGCAGAGAUAUCCCAAGGACGUCUUGAAUCCUUGCUUAAUUUUCAGACCAUGAUCACUGAUCUUACUGGUCUACCUAUGUCCAACGCUUCAUUGCUGGAUGAAGGAACUGCCGCCGCCGAGGCAAUGGCAAUGUGUAACAAUAUUCAGAAGGGGAAGAAAAAGACUUUUAUCAUUGCCACCAACUGUCAUCCUCAGACAAUCGAUAUUUGUAAGACUAGAGCGGAUGGUUUUGAUAUCAAGGUUGUUACAGCAGAUAUCAAGGAUGUUGAUUAUAAAUCGGGCGAUGUUUGCGGUGUGCUUGUUCAGUACCCGGGCACCGAGGGUGAGAUUUUGGAUUAUGGAGAGUUUAUCAAGAAAGCUCAUGCUCACGGAGUUAAGGUUGUAAUGGCCACGGAUCUUCUUGCUUUGACUGUGUUAAAGCCUCCCGGUGAGUUGGGAGCAGAUAUUGUUGUCGGCUCGGCUCAGAGGUUUGGAGUUCCGAUGGGUUAUGGAGGUCCUCAUGCGGCUUUCCUCGCCACAUCCCAAGAGUACAAGAGGAUGAUGCCUGGAAGAAUUAUUGGUGUCAGUGUUGAUGCUUCUGGAAAACCAGCCUUGCGUAUGGCAAUGCAAACCAGAGAGCAGCAUAUUCGUAGAGACAAGGCGACUAGCAAUAUAUGUACUGCCCAGGCGCUGCUUGCAAACAUGUCUGCUAUGUAUGCUGUUUAUCAUGGACCUGAAGGACUUAAAACUAUCGCCCAACGAGUUCAUGGUCUCGCUGGGGUAUUUGCUCUUGGAUUAAAGAAACUCGGAACAUGUGAUGUUCAGGAUCUUCCCUUCUUCGACACUGUGAAGGUUAAGACUGCUAAUGCCCAUGCAAUUGCUGAUGCUGCUUACAAAAGUGAAAUGAAUUUGCGAGUUGUUGAUGGAAACUCUAUCACUGUUUCCUUUGAUGAAACAACCACUUUGGAGGAUGUUGAUAAGCUUUUCAAAGUUUUUGCUGGUGGCAAGCCUGUCCCCUUCACAGCCGCUUCUCUCGCUCCAGAGGUUCAGACUGCAAUUCCUUCUGGACUAACUAGGGAGAGUCCUUAUAUGACGCAUCCUAUCUUUAACACGUACCACACUGAGCAUGAGUUGCUAAGGUAUAUUCAUCGGCUACAGUCAAAGGAUCUCUCACUGUGCCACAGUAUGAUUCCACUCGGAUCUUGUACAAUGAAGCUGAACGCCACAGCUGAAAUGAUGCCCGUGACAUGGCCUGGUUUUACUGACAUUCACCCUUUUGCACCAGCUGAACAGGCUCAAGGUUAUCAGGAAAUGUUCACUAACUUGGGCGAUCUCCUAUGUGCCAUCACUGGGUUUGACUCAUUCUCUUUGCAACCUAAUGCUGGUGCUGCCGGAGAAUAUGCUGGACUUAUGGUUAUUCGUGCAUAUCACAAAGCAAGGGGAGACCACCACCGUAAUGUUUGCAUCAUACCUGUCUCAGCACAUGGCACAAACCCAGCCAGUGCUGCUAUGUGUGGAAUGAAAAUUGUCCCUGUUGGAACUGAUGCCCAAGGAAAUAUCAAUAUUCAAGAGUUGAAAAAAGCUGCUGAAACUCACAAGGACAACCUAUCCGCACUUAUGGUUACAUAUCCUUCAACUCAUGGUGUUUACGAGGAAGGUAUUGAUGAGAUAUGCAAGAUAAUUCAUGACAAUGGAGGUCAAGUGUAUAUGGAUGGUGCUAACAUGAAUGCCCAGGUGGGACUCACAAGCCCUGGCUGGAUUGGAGCAGAUGUUUGCCAUCUCAAUCUUCACAAGACAUUCUGCAUCCCUCAUGGAGGAGGUGGUCCUGGCAUGGGUCCUAUUGGUGUAAAAAAGCACUUGGCUCCAUUUUUACCCUCACAUCCUGUGGUACCCACGGGCGGCAUUCCUGUCCCUGACAAGACUCAGCCUCUUGGUACCAUUUCUGCAGCACCUUGGGGCUCAGCACUCAUAUUGCCAAUUUCUUAUACUUACAUAGCCAUGAUGGGUUCGAAAGGACUCACUGAAGCAUCCAAGAUAGCCAUUUUGAAUGCUAACUACAUGGCCAAACGAUUAGAGAAUCAUUACCCUGUUCUUUUCCGAGGAGUCAAUGGAACAGUUGCUCACGAAUUUAUUAUUGACCUGAGAAGCUUUAAGAAUACUGCUGGGAUCGAGCCAGAAGAUGUGGCCAAGCGCCUUAUGGACUAUGGGUUUCAUGGACCGACUAUGUCAUGGCCCGUGCCUGGUACUCUCAUGAUUGAACCCACUGAGAGUGAAAGCAAGGCUGAGUUAGACAGGUUUUGUGAUGCUCUUAUUUCCAUUCGAGAAGAAAUCAGAGAGAUAGAGAAAGGAAAAGCUGAUAUUAAUAAUAAUGUACUCAAGGGAGCCCCUCAUUCUUCUUCGAUGCUAAUGGGAGAUGAAUGGACCAAACCAUACUCUCGGGAAUAUGCAGCAUACCCAGCUCCCUGGCUCCGCGUUGCCAAGUUCUGGCCUACCACAGGACGUGUGGACAAUGUAUACGGUGACCGUAACCUCAUCUGCACCCUCCUCUCAGUGUCGCAGACUGCUGAGGAACAGGCUGCUGCAUCUGCUUAGUGUUUCAUUGAGCGCUAUCUUCAUUCCUGAAUGUGUACAUAAACUCUCCUACAAUCCUUGCACUUAUUCUCGUUUGCCAUAAUUCAAUGCUCUUUCAUUU